CGCAGAAAGUCCACAUACGCAGUGAUACUUGCCCAGACGAAAAAACCGGACAAUGGCCGAUUCUCAGAAGCAACUUCAAGCCCUCACUGACGAGUAUCAGAAGCUUCAACUAGAGCUCCAAGGGGUCGUCGAGGCGCGCGAAAAGCUCGAAGCCCAGCAGCAAGAAAACAAGAGCGUACAGAAGGAGUUCGCUACCCUUGACGAUGAUGCAAAUAUAUACAAGCUUAUUGGGCCAGUGUUGUUAAAGCAAGAUAAGACCGAUGCUGUAAUGGCGGUCGAUGGACGGUUGGACUUUAUUGAGAAGGAAAUAAAACGGAUUGAGAGUCAAAUUGCUGAUAUUGAAGAGAAAAGCGAGAAGAAAAAAGCAGAGGUUAUUCGGUUUCAAACGCAGAUGCAGCAACAAGCCAGUGCAGCUUCUGCAUGAGAUAACGCAGCACUGAUGUGCGAUACGCUGAUUUCUUAUUCCUGAAUGCUAAUACCGCCCAAUCUCGAGAAACUCGCCCUAACUCCUCCGGAGGCCUGCAAGGUCGUAUCCCUUCAUGGUGGCAUGUUUAUCAUGUUGUUAGGAUGAGGCAUAUGUUGGCCGUAUCGAUCUAGGUAUAUGAAGAACUAAUGGCCGAUAGUCUCACCUUGUAUGACGUAGUGGGCAACCCGGUUGGCAUCAGCAUAUUGUAGGGGCUCUCGUCGCCAUUGCUCCGAAGUGGCCCUGGCGUUUCCUAUGAUCUUUUAUUCGCAGGAUUGCCCUUAGUGGUCAAUAACGGAAGAAAACGACCAGCUAACUCAAGAUGAAAGUAUUUUGUUUUAUUGCAAGCGAAUCUAUUGAUUCAGAGUUUACUACAAAUACACC